AUGGAGACUCAAGGCGAGAUUUCUCCUACUGAGAAGGAGGCUUUGGCCAAGGAGUUUCGAGAUUUGGAGGAGAUACGGACUAGAGAAGCCAAAUCUCGUGCUGUGGUUUUGGAGAUUUUGGGUGAUAUUCCAGAUGCUGAUAUUACACCUCCCAAGAACGUUUUAUUUGUUUGUAAAUUAAACCCUGUUACUGAAGAGAAGGACUUAAAAAUUAUUUUUUCAAGAUUCGGCAAUGUUAGGAGCUGUGACAUUAUAAAGGACUAUGUCACUGGUGAUUCUCUUCAAUAUGGUUUCAUCGAGUUUGAAACUGAGGAAUCCUGCAAUGAAGCUUAUUUUAAGAUGCAGAAUGUUCUAAUAGAUGACAGAAGGUUAGUUUCACACGAAUUUAUUCUUUUAGAAUCCACGUUGACUUCUGCCAGUCAGUUUCUGGUUAUUGGAAGCGUUUCUACGACAGGGAAUUAUUUACAAGAAAGAAACGUCACAAUUCUGACUUGA